AUGUCAAAGCGCCAUGGCGCGACGGCAGAGAGCAACGGCAGCCGUUUAGAGUUCGGGUCUCGCAUGUGCCUCCUUGGCGAUGGCGAUUGUCUCGAUUUCCUCGCCGCAUUCCGCAAUCUUCCUCUCACUCUGCCACCCUCUGUGUCAGCCGUCAAACGCUCCCUGCAAGCCUUGGGGCCUCGCUCCUUGAUGGGUGCCACAUGCGCCUCCGUCAACUUGUCGCAGAAGCUGCGGCGUCGAAAAUGGACAUUUCCUCAUGUGACGGCCCGCCCUUCACAAGGGCUUGCCACCCUCCUCCUCCUCCUCUUGCUACCAAAGAGCAGCCAGGGAAAGAUUGCCGCGGGGUGA